UCCGCUUUCCAGCGGCGGCUGCCGGGAACGCGCAGGCGGUGUUGAACGUCCCCUCGGUCCUCAUUGUGCAGCCGAGGAAGCGUCGCAAGGUUUCAGACGACGCUGCUAUGAAAUGGCAGAAACCGCUUGUGUCGCGGAAGCUCAGAGAUUAGGUUGCGCCGGAGCCACACGUGUGUUUUGCGAUGACCCUGGCCUGCUAGUGUGAGGACAAACGGGAGAGUAUCCGGAGGAAAAAAAAGGAUUAAAUAGUUGUUUUUGCUCCUGCUCCACCACCACUCCCCCACCCCCCCCAAAAAACGUCCGGGUUGUGUCUCCAGCAGGCAGCAAACGGCGACUGCGGGUCGACACUAUUGGAAUUACCCGGAGAGGGGUCUUGAGAGGACAGCCCCACUUGGACGCCCAGUCAUAGCGUUCGUCCAAGGCUUCACCAUGAACCGGAACAAGCGCGAGAAGGAGUACUACAGCAUCGAUGUGGGCGAUUCGACUUUUAUGGUUUUGAAGCGCUACCAGAACCUCAGACCCAUCGGAUCCGGAGCACAGGGAAUCGUCUGUUCAGCGUACGACCACAACUUUGAGAGGAACGUCGCCAUCAAGAAGCUGAGUCGGCCGUUUCAGAAUCAAACCCACGCCAAGCGGGCCUACAGGGAGCUGGUGCUCAUGAAAUGUGUCAACCACAAGAACAUAAUCGGCCUAUUAAAUGUAUUCACCCCACAGAAGACACUGGAAGAAUUCCAAGACGUGUAUCUCGUGAUGGAGCUGAUGGAUGCCAACCUCUGCCAGGUGAUUCAGAUGGAGCUGGACCACGAGAGGCUGUCCUACCUGCUCUACCAGAUGCUGUGCGGAAUCAAACACCUGCACGCUGCCGGCAUCAUCCACCGGGACCUAAAGCCCAGCAACAUUGUGGUGAAGUCUGACUGCACACUGAAGAUCCUGGACUUUGGCCUGGCCCGGACAGCCGCCACUGGCCUCCUCAUGACGCCCUACGUGGUCACCCGCUACUACCGCGCCCCCGAGGUCAUCCUGGGCAUGGGCUACCAGGCCAAUGUUGAUGUCUGGUCUGUUGGCUGCAUCAUGGCUGAAAUGGUCCGGGGCAGUGUGUUGUUUCCAGGCACUGACCAUAUCGACCAGUGGAAUAAGGUGAUCGAGCAGCUGGGGACGCCGUCCCAGGAGUUCCUGAUGAAACUCAACCAGUCGGUGAGGACCUACGUGGAGAACAGGCCCCGGUAUGCCGGCUACACCUUUGAGAAGCUCUUCCCCGACGUCCUGUUCCCCGCGGACUCUGAAAACAACAAACUGAAAGCGAGCCAAGCCCGAGACCUGCUCUGCAAGAUGCUGGUAAUAGACGCGUCCAAGCGGAUCUCUGUGGACGAGGCUCUCAAGCACCCCUACAUCAACGUGUGGUACGACCCGACUGAAGUGGAGGCGCCGCCACCCGCGAUCACAGACAAGCAACUGGAUGAGAGAGAGCACACGGUGGACGAGUGGAAAGAACUGAUAUACAAAGAAGUGUUUGACUGUGAAGAAAGGACAAAGAAUGGCGUCGUCAGGGGACAGCCAGCAUCCAUAGCACAGGUGCAACAGUGAGCAGCAGCGCACCUCCUCCACGUCCUCCUCCGCCUCCCCGUCAACGACGUCUCCCUCAUGUCCACCGACCCGACCCCUGACGGCAGCCUGGAGACGGCCAGCGCCGCCGCCACAGCCCGCGCCGGGCUGCUGCAGAUGACUAUCACCUACACCCCCUCUUGGUCCCGGGGCCGGGCCUCGCCCAUCCUGGUCACGUCUAAGACCAAUCCACUGGCUCCCGGCCCCGCCCCCCUCCCCCCCACCCCUUCUCUCUGUGCUUGUCUUCAGUAGUGUAGCGGUUAGCCAGCUAGCUGUUUGAGAAAUAUUUUUAUUUCUGAAAGGACAGAUGAUCUUUUUUUUUUUUUUUUUUUUUAAGUCAGUCUAUUUUUUUCUUUUCAUUUUUUUUUGUCCUAGCUGUAAUUUAUUGUGGAAUUUCUUAAUUUUUCAGAAACCUAAGAUGAUAAGAGAAUUUUUAUGAUUUCACUACGUUCCGGUUUUGAUGAACCGACAGUGAGAAUUGAAAGAAAUAUCUGUAAAAUGUUUUAAUGUGAUCUAUUUUUCUGUUGAACGCCAUUUUGUUUCACUUGUAAGCGACUGCUUUUACAACUUGCCAUAUACAUGUAGAUUGAGUUUGUACAGAUUUUAUGGUAGAUGUAGAUUUACCUUCGAUACGAGUUUGCAGUGAGCUAUUGAAACAUAAUUGAAUUGACACAUGUACGGUCUUAGUACUCCUCGUAUCUGUUCUUAUCUCGCACCAUAUGGAUAUUGUUUUAACUGCAUAUUACAUCCAUAUGAACUGAGAUCAUUUAGAUUUACUUGUAAGAAAGAAAACAAAGAUGUAUUUCUUGAGUCACGACUACUUCCUACAUUGUAACAUUUAAUGAAAGUUUUAUCAUUUUACUCCUUCUUCACUUCCUUUUUAGUCACGAUAGGAUUUUCUCAGAUAUGAUUUUAUUUUGUACUUUCUGCAUUUAUGGGAGUGACAAUAGCACAGUUGGGUCCCGCAGGAUAACCCGGAGCUUUGUGAUGCUUUUAAAGUACCGUUUCUUGUCUACAACAGGCUGUGAGACGUUUAGGAACCGGAGUGGUGGCUCUUGGAGGUCUGGGUGCUCUUUCACAUUCUCCUCUGGCUCGCUCUGCCAGUGAGGUGCCGCUAAAUGUUCUUUUGUCGUGCUUUGGGGAGGUUUAUCCAGACGUGAGAGUCGUGCGAGGUCGUGAAAUUGGUGACGGUGUAAGUAGAAUGUUGCUUCAGUGGAGUCGGGAACCGUGAUGUUGAGAAGGCAAGUGAACGUGUCGAUGUUGGGUGUUGGUGAUUCUGCAGCCUUGCGGAGCAGUGUGAACACAUGUCCUGCUAUUAGUAAUGUGCUUUCUUUUUUUAAAUUUUGGACAUUUUGAGAGGGAUUUUUUUUUCUAAAAGUUGGCCAAACACUACAAGUGAACCAGACUUGCCUGCAAUUGUGUGAGAAUUUUUUUUUAAUUUUUUUAAAAAGAACCUCAAACUCAGCAGCACAACCAACCAGUCAAAAGAAACAGAUUAUUCUCACGUUAUGCAAUAAUAGUGCCCAUUUUGAGUGGUUUUCUGUUUUUGUUUGAGCGUGGAAAGGAAAAGUGCCUGUUGUCUGUCGUUCAUUCCUGAGUAUGUGGGAGGAAGCGUUUUCAUUUGACGUAGGCGUUCAUCUGGUUAACAAUAGUCGUCUCCGUAUCAAAUCCAUAACGUGUGACGGGGGUUGUAGUUCUCACAAAUGUAUUGUAUAUUUUUCUACUUGUUUGGAAUUUUGGCCCUGGGGCUGGAGACUUGGGUGUCUCGCAGGGUGAGAAGGCGACGUGCGUUGAGACGAGUCAUCUCAGAGCAAAGGGCAGAUGUAUCAAGGUCUUUCAUCAAAGUAAGAACAAGUGUUUCUUUGCAGUGGCAGCAACCGCAAUAUAGGUUCAAACCAGUUUUAUUUUCUUUGAGUACUAAUUUAAUGUGAUGAUUGUAAGAGAGAUCAGAAUGAACAGGGUGUGUUUCUUAAAGUUUUUUUUUUUUUUUUACUCCACUACCGGAUCAAACGAAGCGAGCGAACUCUGCGACUGCGUCGUCGGUAUUUGGAGCUUCGGGCCUGAACUCGUAUCUGAGGGGCGGAGCCAAACACUCAGCGUUUCCCGCUUUCAACACUUGUGGCGUCGUGUAAUGUUCUUUUUAAAAAAAAAAAUAUGUAUUAAUAAAACCAAGGAGCCCAUGCUAUUUUAAACUUCCCAUGCAGCAAUUGUGUUUGCUUUAAAUGUUCACAUGACCUGCAAGGAGCCCAGAACAUGUCGUUAAUAACGGGAUGGUCUCUCAAUUACUGUAAAGCACGAUGGCGCCUUCUCUUUGUCAAGCUCUGGACUCUGUGUGUGUGUGUGUGUGUGUGUGUGUGUGUGUGUUUAUGGGGUUGCGCCAUACAAACUUAAGGAUACCUUAUCCAGUGAAAACCUGUAGCAGUAAAUUGUUUUGCUACGAAUCAUCUGAGUUUUAUUGUAAAAAGGAAGUUGUUACUAGAGCUGCAACAUAAGUUCCAGAAAGUUUUAGUCGAUGUAUUAAAUGUAUUUGCCUUUUUUGUAAAUGUAAAUUUGUAGAAUUUAUUUCACGCGAUACAAACUUCCCAGUUUACAUCAUUACCAAACUCACCGAGCAUUUAACCGUUAGCGGUCAACACGGUUAACAUUUGGUGUUAAAGGAGCGAUGCGACAGUUAGCAUUGAAUACGUUAGCAGCUUCACCACGAAGCACACACACACAUACACACACACACACACACACGUUAGCAAUGGCUUUGUCAGUUAGCUACACAACAGGUAAGAAUCAAUAUAUUUGUUCAAGAACUCGUUUAUGUGGUGCAACCCAUUUAAAUGUUGUGAUGUGUAAAAUGUCCACUCUGUCCACAACUAGUUUGAACUGAGGAACGGCUGCUCCGGCCCCGGCUCUGCUUUCUGUCCCCAGAAUUUGAAAAGGGAAGGUUUUGGCUCAUAAAGUGCAGCGGCAUAUUGGUACAGUACAAAACGAACUUCAGUUAUUGUUAGAUUAAAACUAACGCAAAGCAAACCACAGUGUUCCAUCUGUAAAACACUGGUAUGUAUCCAUUUGUCAUAUGAGCCCAUCUGUCAUAUUUGCUAAAAUAAUCAAUUUGAAAAGAUCUUUUGUUGACUAAAGUGCUCUUCAUUUCUCAAUUGGACUAUUUUGUUAUGUUUUCUUCUUCUUAGGUUGUUGUUGCUUUUUUUUCUCCUCCUCUUUAAAUAUGAUUACCGCAUCUCUCCAAACGAUGUAAUUCUGAUUUAAGUCUGCUUUGAUGAACUACCUCACGCUGAAUUUCUGCCAGUUCUUGCAUUUCCUUAGUCGCCUGCAGAAUUAGCUCUCGAAGACGUGUGAAUAACAGAUUCCAUUAUUUAUUUAUUUGAAAGUGUACUAUUUGUCGGUUUCAACAGACUUCUAGUUUUGUACAUUAUGUAUACUUCACCUAGAAGUAAGAGAAUUGUUAUAUGUAUUUUUUUUUUGUUCCUUUUUUCUUUAAACAUCUUUUGGAGUGGGCGAGGGUUUUUAUUUAAUUUUAAUUGUUUGUUUUUUAAACUAAAUGUGCAAUACCUUCAGCAAACUGUGCUAGUCGUGUGUGAUGGGCCUAGCCCGUGUUAGCUGUCUCCUGAAGGUAAAGAAAAUGUUUGGUACUGUCAAUCCAUGUUUUCCUUUUCUUUUUCUUUUUUUAUGAAUAAGAUCAAUUUGAGUUCUGUGGCUCGUUUCUCGUCAUGAUGUUACGUAAUCGGUCUCACUCACCAAGCGGACCUGUCGGCCGACGACGAGUUCAGUCUCGACGCGGCCGGCAGGUUUUUUUAUUUUGGGGAUGUGGUAGGGACAAUAAUGUUAAUAAACGCAUAAAAGAUGAGUGAAUACCUACAAGAAAUCAUUAUAUGUAUGGCGCUGGUUUGUUAUGUUUGCUCGUGAAUCCAGUCAUGCAAGUAGUUUUAAGAAUUCCUGGAUCUGCGCGUAACAAAAACCGCAACCAACGAAGAAGUGCACGAUUAGAAUACAUAUGCACUGGGAUCUGAUGAUGCCGCCCCUAAAAGAAACAAAAAAAAUAAUCAUGUACUGCAAAUAAAAAGAAAAAAAAUACACUUUGA